AAGUACUGAUACUGCUGAUAUGUUUACUUGUACCCCUACGCGCAUUUAAAGAAACUGUACGUUGUUACAAGAAAUUCUCUACUUAUGUACGUAAUUAUGUAUUUACUAAUUGGAAGACAUCGCGUGCGUUUCCGCCGAGCAAUUGAUUCCUAUAUUUCAUCUUUGUAUAUCACUCAUGUCUUUCAAUAACGUUGUUUUCCUUUCUUCGUUCUUCUAUACGUGCGCAGUGCACGCACACGUAUCUUUUACGUAUCAUACGAUAUACGUAUCAUUUUUUCUUACAUAUCAUAGAUAUAUACAGAGCUAAUGAUAACAACAAACAGGACAAAUGUCAACGAAAUAAGAUGAGUGUUCGCGUAUCGAUUUUUAUUUUGAUACUCACUCUCACUAUCAGUUUUAUACUGUUAGCUCCACAAAAUUCCGUACGACAGGUGAUAUUUGUUUUUCGACAUGGAGAUCGUACUCCUACCGAAAGUUAUCCAAACGAUCCGUAUCGGGAUUAUAAAUGGCAAGGGGGCUGGGGAGCAUUAACCAAGGAAGGUAUGGUACGAAUGUACAAUAUUGGUCAGUGGAUUCGUAAUGAAUACGGCUCAAUAAUUGGCAACAAGUAUGAGAGUGAUUUGUCUUUGACGCAAAGUACUUACGCGGAUCGGUGCAUAAUGUCUGCUCAAGUUUUACUAGCUGCUUUAUAUCCACCAAACACAGAGGAAAUAUUUGUGCCAGGAUUAAUGUGGCAUCCUGUUCCUGUUCAUUCCACUCCUAGACAUUUGGAUAAGACGAUUGUAGUUAAGGCUCCCUGUCCACGAUUAGAGAAAGCUUUGAAAGAAGCGUACGCAAAUGAAUCUAAACAUCCAGAAUCUCCAUCAGCCGAAUAUUUUCAAGAACUUUCCAAUUAUACCGCAAAAAAUAUCUCAACAAUCACCGAUGUUGAAUUUUUGUACAAUAUUUUGGAAAUCGAGGAACGUAAUGGCUUAAAAUUACCCGAAUGGACAAACAAAUACUACAAUCAGCAUAUGCGUGAAAUUGCAGCCCGUAGCUUAGCCAUAUUUACAAGCAAUACAUUACAACAACGACUUCGAGGAGGCCCGUUACUGCAAGAAAUUUUGAAGCGUUUACACGCUUUUAAUGAUGGUCAAGAUACAAGACGAACGUAUCUUUAUUCUGCUCAUGACAUAACUCUCGUUAAUUUAUUAAGAACCAUGGGAUUCACGAAUGAAUACUUUAAACCUGAUUACGGCUCGACGCUUAUUUUCGAACUGCACGUUGCAUCCAAUUCUGCGGACACAGAACUGAAGUUAAUGUAUCUAAAUGAUACAGAAAAAAUGACAUUGUAUCAUAUGAAUAUACCAAAGUGUGGCACCCCUUGUCGACUAAAAACCUUAACUAAAUUAUGGAAGGAUGUGCUUCCUGAGAACUGGGACGAUGAAUGUCUACUCUUAUGAGUCUCCCCCAUUAAUACACAAAAUAUAUAUCUAUCUAUCUACAAUUGAUUAUACUCGAUAAUUUAUCUUGCAAGAAAGAAACCAAAAUUCUCGCUUCUCAUAUACGUCCGUGAUAGUGAUAACGCAUAUAGCCGUAAAACAAAGUAUACUGUAUCAUGCGAAUCAAUUCUAAUUCGAGCGAAGCUGGUUAAGAUUACUAAAUUGGCAUAAAAUCGUUUAACCAGGAUGUGUCCGCGUUGCUUAUGCAACGAGUGACACUGAAUGUUUUGCAUGUCUCGUUACGCAAUACGAGAACGAUUAUUUCAAGCACUCUUUCCGUUGAAUUCAAAUACUCAAAUGGAAGAUAUGCGUGAAUGCAUCAAUUAAAUGGCAUCGAGAUCGUACCGUAUCGACCGAUAUACCUAGUAAUCUUAGUAUGUAAGUAAUUACUUUUUUAUUUCAUGCACAUAUGCAUAUGUAUCAUUGAACAGUCGAAUUUUCCCUACCUACUGGUCACUAAUCACAGUUACUUUGCAUAUGUACGUCUACAUGCUAUUUUACAAAUAAAUAAAUGAACACGCAAUAUUUUUAUAUUAAUA